AUGGCACAACCUAAAGUCCUGAUGCAGGAAGUUUUCAGUACAGUGCAUAAACUGUCAAUUUGGAAAGAGAAGCGGAAGUGUUGUGAAAGGACAGAGGCGGAAGUGCAGCCGGGGUUAAUCUUCUUUAUUUUGUCUUUAAAAGUUUGUUCAUCGUUGUUGUUGUUGUUAUUGUUGACUCCCCCCCUCGGCUCUGAGCUCCGCUGCGGGACACAGAUGUACUAUUACAGAUAUGCAAACGCAGAGGUCAGCUGCUGCUACAAGUACCUCAUGUUCAGCUACAACAUCAUCUUUUGGUUAUUGGGAGCCGCUCUCAUCGCAGCAGGACUGUGGGCCUGGAGUGAGAAGGGAGUCCUUCAGGACCUGACUGCUGUGACCCGGGUCCGUGGUUUUGAUCCGGUCUGGUUCGUCCUGAUCUCUGGAGGAGUCAUGUUUAUUCUGGGUUUUUGUGGCUGUGUGGGAGCUCUGAGGGAGAACCUGUGUCUGCUGAAGACGUCGCCUCACCUCCUCUCCUCUUUCUCCUCACCUCAUCUCCUCUCUUCUCUCUCCACACCUCCUCUCCUCUUUCUCCUCUCCCCACAGUCUCCUCCUCUCUUCUCACUCCUUACCUCCUCUCCUUUCUCUUCUCCCCACAGUCUCCUCCUCUCUUCUCUCUCCACACCUCCUCUCCUUUCUCUUCUCCCCACAGUCUCCUCCUCUCUUCUCUCUCCUUACCUCCUCUCCUUUCUCUUCUCCCCACAGUCUCCUUACCUCAUCUUCUCCUCUCUUCUCUGUCCUCCCUCCUCUUUCUCCUCUCCCCACAGUCUUCUCCUCUCUUCUCUGUCCUCACCUCCUCUUUCUCCUCUCCCCACAGUCUCCUCCUCUCUUCUCUCUCCACACCUCCUCUCCUUUCUCUUCUCCCCACAGUCUCCUCCUCUCUUCUCUCUCCUUACCUCCUCUCCUUUCUCUUCUCCCCACAGUCUCCUUACCUCAUCUUCUCCUCUCUUCUCUGUCCUCACCUCCUCUUUCUCUUCUCCCCACAGUCUCCUUACCUCAUCUUCUCCUCUCCUCUCUUUCCUUACCUCCUCUUUCUCUUCUCCCCACUGUCUCCUCACUUCCCCUCUCUCCCCACAGUUCUCCUCCCUCGUGGGCCUGAUCUUCCUGGCAGAGCUUCUCCUUGUGGUUCUUCUCCUCGUGUUUCAGUCUCAGUUUUUUUCGUGGAUUCAGUCGUUUUUCCUGAAAAACGUUCAAGCGUACAGAGACGACAUCGACCUGCAGAACCUGAUAGACUCCUUACAGACCACGGCCUCCUGCUGCGGUGCCUUGGGCCCUGAUGACUGGGAGCUGAAUCCUUAUUUCUUGUGUAACUCAACAAAUAAAUCUAGAGAGAGAUGUGGCGUCCCAUUCUCUUGCUGCAUCCUGGACCCUGCGGAGGCAGUACUGAACUCGCAGUGUGGAUACGACGUCCGGAGCAGGAAACCACAGUCUGUUUGGUCGGAGCAGAUUCACACUCGUGGUUGUAUUUCUGCUCUUGAACAGUGGAUCCCAGGGAAUAUGUACAGUGUAGCAGCAGUGUGUGUGGGCGUGAGCGUCCUGCAGAUGUUUGGGAUAUAUUUGUCCCGAAGAUUAAUCACAGACAUUUACAAAGUCCAGAUCAACCACCUCCGCAACCCACUCUGUAGACUCACCUUCGAAGCCUCUGCGGACCGGAGACAUCGCCUUCCCCGCAGACAUGUCAACGGGACCCGCGGCCCGGAGCUCCGAGCCCUGGGGAAGCUUCGAGGAGAGCGUGAUGCAGGGAGGGGGUCCGCCGUCAUCGACAUGGAGAACAUGGACGACACUUCUGGCUCCAGCUUCGAGGACAUGGGUGAGAUCCACCAGAGGCUGAAGGAUGAAGAGGAGCCGGACCAAGGCCCAGACCGAGACCCGGACCAAGACCCAGACCCAGACCCAGACCCCAACCAGGACUUUCUAGGAAUGAAGGGGCUCAAAGGACAGCUGGGCCGGCAGGUGGCUGACGAGGGAGGGGGGUCCGCCGUCAUCGACAUGGAGAACAUGGACGACACUUCUGGCUCCAGCUUCGAGGACAUGGGUGAGAUCCACCAGAGGCUGAAGGAUGAAGAGGAGCCGGACCAAGGCCCAGACCGAGACCCGGACCAAGACCCAGACCCAGACCCAGACCCCAACCAGGACUUUCUAGGAAUGAAGGGGCUCAAAGGACAGCUGGGCCGGCAGGUGGCUGACGAGGUCUGGCAGGCCGGGAAGAGGCAGGCUUCCAAGGCCUUUAACCUUUACGCAAACAUCGACAUCCUGAGACCAUACUUUGAUGUGGAGCCGAGACAGGUCCAGACCAGACUGCUGGAGUCCCUGGUCCCUGUUCGAAUGGUCGACUUUCCACAGAAAGUGGCUGGGGAGUUGUAUGGACCCCUGAUGCUCGUCUUCACGUUAGUCGCCAUUUUGCUUCAGGGGAUGAAGACGUCCAACACUCAGAUCAUUGGUGGCACUCUGAUGGGCACAGCCAUCGGUACCUGUUUCGGGUACUGGAUCUGCGUUUCUGGUCUGGUUUACUUCUUGGCGUAUUUGGUGAACGCUCAGAUCACGAUGCUGCAGACGCUGGCUCUGCUGGGCUAUGGUCUGUUCGGACACUGUCUCGUGCUCUUCGUCACUUACAACAUUCACUUCCACUUCCUGUUCUUCUUCCUCUGGCUCCUGAUUGGAGGACUAUCCACACUGCGCAUGGUCCUGGUCCUGGUCUCUCGGACUGUGGGUCGAACUCCACGGUUGGUUUUGUGUGGAACAGUUUCUGCUCUUCACCUUCUGUUCCUGCUGUAUCUGCACUUCUCCUACCACCGCAUCCUCCAGGGUUUGAUGGAAACUUUGGAAAAUGAAAACUUGAACCCAAUUCAGCGUGCGGCUCGAGACGUGUCCCAACUGUCCCUGAAUUCCUCGUUGACGCUAACUCUGCCUCAUGCUAACGCUAACUGA